AUGAAGUCAUCCUGGCUAUAUCCUCUUAGCACAAUGGCGUAUUGUGCCAUUGUUGCCGCAAAUCCUUUGCCCAUACACGAGCUUUCAAACAAUGUCACUGAUAUUGUCACCCUUGAUCCAGAACCCGACAUGCUAGAUAAACGCAAUAAUCCUGUCGUUAUCCUUGGACUAGGAGUUUCUGCCUUUAUUCAAGCCGCUGGAGAGGCUGGUGGACUGACCUUGGGUUCACUGGCAAGUACUCUUACCAACGUUUUCCAGCCAAAAGAGGCUCCGUGGGAAAACAGCGACGCAUAUUGCACGAUCUACAUCCGGACUCAGGGAGGUGGUAAGUGCCACAUGGAAGUCGAGCCUGGCCAUGCAGGCGGGGGCCAGACCAAGCAAGUGCACGAUGAUUGGGACUGCGCCUGGAACGACUUAGACAGUGCACCUCCGAUGGAUUCCUUCAACGAUCCCGGAAUUGGUGAGUUCCGUGUUCAAUUUGCUGCAACGGACAAAGCCACAUACGGUGGCUCUCCGAAAUGCGUCUCGGAAGGUCUUUGCUCUCCACGACUAGAGUUCCAGAGGAAAGGGUUCUUCAUGAGAAUUGACAGCUGGGAGAGCCAGGGAACUGUCUCCAAGAGGCAAUAUAGUGGUGACUAUGGCGGCGUUUGUUCCACCUACGUUGAAGAUCAAUUCAGCUCCGGUGGUCAUAAACUUGCAACCAAAUGUGCUGUCCCUUGCGAAAAUCAGAACGUUCUACCCGACUCAACCCCCCCUUAA